GACUACCUCUUCAGCCCCCACUCUGAAGAUUUAAUAUAAUCAACCUUUCUUACUCACCUCCUCCUCCCCACCACAGCUGUCUGUUUAAAAAUGGACACAUGACCCAUUUGGGACCAAUGAGAGUGAAUUUUGGGGUUUAUUCUCUCUUUCUCUGUGAGGAUGUGAGGUCUGGAACAGCUGCAGUCAUUUCACCACCAUAGGAAACCUGCACCUUCUGAACUGACUGCAUGAAGCCCAAAGAGAAAGCUAGUAAGAAGGCAGAGAGGGGAGGAAGAGAGUCUGGGUUUUUAAAAAUAUCUUCUGGAGCUGCUGGAUCAAGCCUCACUUGAAGCUAGAACUAAAUCUGCACUUUUAAUUCACAUACCCAAUAAAAAGUUCUUUAUGUUGUAAGCCAGUUCGAGGUGGAUUUUCUGUCACUAUGGCUAAAAGAAUCCUCGCUUAUUCUACACCUAACUCACAGGCUUGUUAUGAGGUUUAAAUAAAUAGUACUUAGUGAAGUCUGGUACACAAAUAACACUCAAUGAAUGGUAAGCAAUGCUGUUAUAAUUAUUCACUUUUACAGAGUUAUGUGACCUUUUUAUUCUCUACUCCAACAUUGGCAUGUUUCUGUUAUUCUUUUCAGUAUUAUUUAAUUUCUUCCCCAAAGGAGAGAGGCUAAGAGUAUUGCCCAGCCACAGGCUCUCAGCCACCACCCCGAGCCUCAGAUUCUCCUCACACAGCCACAGCCAGAGAACGAUACACGGCCCACGUGGUGUGGUUCUAAUUCCUCUGACAUCUCAUUUUCACUGUUUGGCAAUAUUUGUCUCAUCAAGCUUACACAUAAAUGUUUUCAGCAAAGUGCUCCAAAUGCCUUUUUCAGGAAUCCGAAUCCACAUGAAAACAAUGAAAACAAGAGAAAGGUGUAAACUUUCCAGAACAGGCCCAGAAUCUGGAAAUGUGAUAAAGAGGUUAUUGUGCGCCCGAACUUUUCACACAAGAAUUGGAGGAGAUUUAACACAUGGAAUAAUAAACAGAGGAAGGCUGGCUAAUGCAGAGCAGAUGGGCCUGCAGGGCAGUGCUCAGCAUUUCAACAUCUUCCCCUUGGACCUUUGGACUCACGGUGCAUGCGUGCUGGUGUCUGUAGCUAAAAGUAAAGCUACUGCCUUUGAGGCAAUCAAAAAUAUGGCUCAUUUGAUUUCUGGGGUGAUUGGUGGACUAAAGUUUUCAAGAACCUACUAUGUGAAAGGCAUUUGA